GUCGGAGAGAAGGAGCAUUCGCCCGAGGCUGGAGGAGGCUGACCCGCGUCCCCGCCCAGCCCGCGCCUAUGCGGUACUUGAAGGAUGGCGAAGAGGUCGCGCAGUGAGGAUGAGGAUGAUGACCUUCAGUAUGCUGAUCAUGAUUAUGAAGUACCACAACAAAAAGGGUUGAAGAAACUCUGGAAUAGAGUAAAAUGGACAAGAGACGAGGAUGACAAGUUAAAGAAGUUGGUUGAACAACAUGGAACUGAUGAUUGGACUCUGAUUGCUCGUCAUCUUCAAAAUCGUUCUGAUUUUCAAUGCCAACAUCGGUGGCAGAAAGUUUUAAAUCCAGAAUUGAUAAAGGGUCCCUGGACUAAAGAAGAAGAUCAGAGGGUUAUUGAAUUAGUUCAGAAAUAUGGGCCAAAAAGAUGGUCUUUAAUUGCAAAACAUUUAAAAGGAAGAAUAGGCAAGCAGUGUAGAGAAAGAUGGCAUAAUCAUCUGAAUCCUGAGGUAAAGAAGUCGUCCUGGACAGAAGAGGAGGACAGGAUUAUCUAUGAAGCACAUAAGCGGUUGGGAAAUCGUUGGGCAGAAAUUGCCAAACUACUUCCUGGAAGGACUGAUAAUUCUAUCAAAAAUCAUUGGAAUUCUACUAUGCGAAGAAAAGUGGAGCAGGAAGGCUACUUACAAGAUGGAAUAAAAUCAGAACGAUCUUCAUCUAAACUUCAACACAAACCUUGUGCAACUAUGGACCAUUUGCAAACCCAGAAUCAGUUUUACAUACCUGUUCAGAUCCCAGGCUAUCAGUAUGUAUCACCUGAAGGCAAUUGUGUAGAACAUGUUCAGGCUUCUUCUGCCUUUAUUCAGCAACCUUUUGUAGAUGAAGAUCCUGAUAAGGAAAAAAAAAUAAAGGAACUUGAGUUGCUUCUUAUGUCGGCUGAGAAUGAAGUUAGAAGAAAACGAGUUCCAUCACAACCUGGAAGCUUUUCUAGCUGGCCUGGUAGUUUCCUCAUGGAUGACAGCAUGUCUAAUACUCUAAAUAGCCUCGAGGAGCACGCUAGUGAGUUUUACAGUAUGGGUGAAAAUCAGACUGUGUCUGCUCAGCAGAACUCACCUACAAAGUUCCUGGCCGUGGAGGCAAACGCUGUGCUGUCCUCUCUACAGACCAUCCCAGAAUUUGCAGAAACUCUCGAACUUAUUGAAUCUGAUCCUGUAGCAUGGAGUGAUGUUACUAGCUUCGAUCUUUCUGAUGCUGCUGCUUCGCCUGUCAAGUCCACGCCAGUUAAACUAAUGCGAAUUCAGCACAGCGAAGGUGCCAUGGAAUGUCAGUUUAACGUCAGUCUUGUACUCGAAGGGAAAAAAAACGGUUGUAAUGGGGCAGACGGCGAGGCUGUUCCUUUAACCUCCCCAAGUGUGGCUAAGUUUAGCACUCCACCAACCAUCCUCAGAAAGAAGAGAAGAAUGCGAGUGGGCCAGUCCCCGGGCGGUGAGCUUGGCGACAGCUCAUUCAACGACGGUGGUCACACAGCACUAAAACACACACCGGUGAAAACACUACCAUUUUCUCCUUCACAGUUUUUCAACACAUGUCCUGGAAAUGAACAAAUUAAUAUAGAAAAUCCUUCAUUCACAUCAACCCCUAUUUGUGGGCAGAAGGUUCUCAUUACAACUCCUCUUCAUAAGGAAACAACCCCCAAAGAUCAAAAGGAAAAUGUAGGGUUUAGAACACCUACUAUUAGAAGAUCCUUAUUGGGUACCACACCAAGGACUCCUACUCCUUUUAAGAAUGCGCUUGCUGCUCAGGAGAAAAAAUAUGGACCUCUUAAAAUUGUGUCACAGCCACUUGCCUUCUUGGAAGAAGAUAUUCGGGAAGUUUUAAAAGAAGAAACUGGAACAGACAUAUUCCUCAAAGAGGAAGAUGAACCUGCUUACAAAAGCUGCAAGCAAGAGCAUACUGCUUCUGUCAAGAAGGUCAGAAAAUCACUAAUCUUAGAUAAUUGGGAAAAAGAAGAACCAGGUACUCAACUGUUAAAUGAAGACCUUUCAGACUUGCAGUCAGAAAAUAUAUUUACAACAUCUUUAUUAAUGAUACCAUUAUUGGAAAUACAUGACAAUAGGUGCAACUUGACUCCUGAAAAACAAGAUAUAAAUUCAACCAACAAAACAUAUACACUUAAUAAAAAGAAACCAAACCCUAACACUUCCAAAGUUGUCACAUUGGAAAAGAAUCUUCAGUCAACUUGUGAAUGGGAAACAGUGGUUUAUGGGAAGACAGAAGACCAACUUAUCAUGACUGAACAAGCAAGAAGAUAUUUGAGUACUUAUACAGCUACAGGCAGCACUUCAAGAGCUCUCAUACUGUGA